CUGCCACUUCUACAGAGAGUACGAAGCGCGGUUAGAGAGGUACAGCGAACGCAUAUGGACGUGCAAAAGCACAGGAAGCAGCCAGCUGACGCACAAAGAGGCUUGGGAGGAGGAGCAGGAAGUUGCUGAGCUCUUGAAGGAGGAGUUCCCCAUCUGGUAUGAGAAACUGGUACUGGAAAUAGUCCACCACAACACGGUAUCUUUGGAAAAGUUGGUGGAUGCAGCUUGGCUGGAGAUCAUGACCAAAUUUGCAGUGGGAGAAGAGUGUGACUUCGAGGUUGGUAAGGAGAAAAUGUUGCCUGUGAAAGUUGUGAAAAUACAUCCCUUGGAGAAGGUUGAUGAAGAGGCCUCGGAAAAGAAAUCUGACGGAGCCUGUGAUUCCCCAUCCAGUGACAAGGAGAACUCCAGCCAAGCAGCCCAGGACAACCAGAAGGAAGCUAUCCUGAAGGAGGAUGACAACAGGAGGGAGAGUAUGAAUGAUCGAGCACGUAGGUCUCCUCGGAAGCUUCCCACUUCUUUGAAGAAGGAAGAAAGGAAGUGGGUUCCACCUAAAUUCCUGCCCCACAAGUAUGAUGUCAAGCUAAAAAAUGAAGAUAAGAUCAUCAGCAACGUACCAGCAGAUAGCUUAGUCCGUACAGAGCGUCCUCCCAACAAGGAGAUCCUGAGGUACUUCAUCCGUCACAAUGCCCUACGGGCCGGCACGUGUGAGAACGCCCCGUGGGUGGUGGAGGAUGAGUUAGUGAAGAAAUAUUCUCUCCCCAGUAAAUUUAGUGACUUCUUGCUUGACCCACAUAAGUAUAUGACUCUCAACCCCUCAACCAAGAGGAAGAGCUCUCGAUCACCUGACAGAAAGCCUUCUAAGAAAGCCAAAGCUGACGGAUCGUCCCUGGGCCAGCCGCUGAGCCCCACUCUGUGGUGCCACGUGCAUUUAGAGAAAUCUAUUAUUGGCUCUCCACUGAAGGUAAAAAACUCUAAGAAUUCAAAAUGUCCUAAAGAGGAGCUGGAAGAGGUGAUGAAAAUCGUGUCACCUGCUAAACUUGGUUCUAACUUUCACAUUCCAAAGAGGAGCCGACUGGGGAAGGGCAGCAACAAAUCCUUGGACAAAAAGCAAAGAGGCAAAAGGGUUCUGAAUGGGCAGAAGUCAUCGGGGAAAUCAAAGUCUCCUCGGAAAGCCUUGAAGACCCCUAAGAUGAAGAUGAAACAAAUGACGCUACUGGACAUGGCUAAAGGUGCCACUAAGGUGUCCAGGGCUCCCAGGAAUUCUGGAGGCACCCCUAGGUCUUCCAGCAAACCCCAGAAACAUCUGCCUCCUGCAGCACUCCAUCUCAUUGCCUAUUACAAAGAAAACAAAGACCGGGAAGACAAAAAAAGUGCUCUUUCCUGCAUCAUCUCCAAAACAGCUCGGUUACUCUCAAAUGAGGAUCGUGCCCGUCUCCCCGAGGAUUUGCGAGGGUUAGUACAGAAACGCUACGAGCUUCUAGAGCACAGGAAGAAAUGGGCCACCAUGACAGAGGAGCAGCGAAAGGAGUACAUGAAGAAGAAAAGGGAGAAGCUGAAAGAGAAACUGAAGGAGAAAGCGAAGGAGCGGAAGGAGAAGGAGAUGAAGGAAAAACUGGAAAAACAGAAAAGAUACGAGGACCAAGACCUUAAAGGGAAGACCUUGCCUACUUUUAAACUGGUUGAUACUCCAGAAGGACUUCCUAAUACGCUUUUUGGGGACGUCGCCAUGGUGGUGGAGUUCCUGAGCUGUUACUCGGGGUUAUUGAUGCCAGAUGCUCAAUAUCCCAUUACAGCCGUUUCCCUGAUGGAAGCGCUUUGUGCAGAGAAGGGGGGCUUCCUUUAUUUGAACCGAGUGCUGGUCAUUCUCUUGCAGACCCUGCUGCAGGAUGAAAUUGCUGAAGAUUAUGCUGAGCUGGGAAUGAAGCUCUCUGAAAUACCACUUACCCUGCAUUCUGCUUCCGAGUUGGUUCGCCUAUGCCUCCGCAAGUCAGAUGUGCAAGAGGAAAGUGAGGUCUCGGAUAACGUAGAUGAAAGCAAGGAUUCUGCAGCUUUUGAGGAUAAUGAAGUACAGGAUGAGUUUUUGGAGAAACUGGAGACGUCAGAGUUCUUUGAGUUGACGCCUGAAGAGAAACUGCGGAUACUUGGAGCGCUGUGCCACCGGAUUCUAAUGACAUACUCGGUGCAGGACCACGUGGAGGCCAAGCAGCAGGCGUCAGCUGAGCUGUGGAAGGAGCGCCUCGCUAUCUUGAAGGAAGAGAAUGACAAGAAGAGAGCAGAAAAACAGAAGCGAAAAGAAAUGGUGGCCAAGAACAGGGAGAACGGGAAAGACGAGAAUAUGAUGGGGAGAAAUGAAAAGAAAAAAAACGAGAUGAUGAAAAUAGAGCACCGGGCAGAAAUAGAAGCCGAUGAUAUGAUCAGUGCUGUGAAGAGCAGGCGCCUUCUUGCCAUCCAAGCCAAGAAAGAGAGGGAGCAACAAGAAAUACAAAUGCGAGUGAGGAUGGAGAAAGAAGCAGAGGAAGAAAGAAUCCGGAAGCAUAAAGCUGCAGCUGAGAAAACUUUCCAGGAUGGAAUUGCCAAAGCGAAGCUGGUGAUGCGCCGGACCCCAGUUGGCACGGAUCGUAACCAUAACAGGUAUUGGCUGUUUUCGGAUGAAGUUCCUGGCUUGUUCAUUGAGAAAGGCUGGGUACAUGACAGUAUAGACUACAGAUUCAUCCUUCCCCAUCAGAAAAAAGAAGAUUUUAAGAAGGACUACAGCCCAGGAGGUCUUGAGACUGCCGACAGUGUAGUACGUAAGGACCCGUGGUCUGUGCCCGCUGCAGACCUUCCCGCAGAGACCACUGCGCCCAAGCAGGGACAGAACUUAUGGUUUCUCUGUGACAGUCAGAAGGAUUUGGAUGAGCUGCUGGAUUGCCUGCACCCACAAGGAGUAAGAGAGAGCCAGCUAAAGGAGCGCUUGGAGAAAAGGUAUCAAGACAUCACCCAUUCUAUUCAUUUGGCUCGGAAACAGAACUUGGGCCUCAAAUCCUGUGAUGGCAACCAGGAACUGCUGAACUACCUCCGAAGUGAUCUAAUUGAGGUGGCAACUCGGCUGCAAAAAGGAGGCCUGGGAUAUGUUGAUGUGACACCAGAAUACGAAGCAAGAGUAUACUCACUAGAGAGCUUGAAGGAUUUUGGAGAGUGUGUGAUUGCGCUUCAAGCUGGUGUUGUUAAGAAGUUUCUGCAAGGUUUCAUGGCCCCCAAGCAGAAGAGAAGGAAACAUCAAGGAGAGGACUACAUUGCCAAGGCUGAGGAGAUAGAUGAAGACAAGAAAAUGGCAGAAGAAGCUAAGGUUGCUUCAGCCAUGGAGAAGUGGAAGACAGCAAUCCGUGAGGCCCAGACCUUCUCCCGUAUGCACGUGCUGCUCGGGAUGCUGGAUGCCUGUAUCAAGUGGGAUAUGUCGGCAGAGAAUGCCAGAUGCAAAGUGUGUCGCAAGAAAGGUGAGGAUGACAAGCUGAUCCUGUGUGACGAGUGUAACAAAGCCUUCCACCUGUUCUGUCUGAGGCCGGCGCUCUACGAGAUACCAGAUGGUGAAUGGCAGUGCCCGGCGUGUCAGCCUUCCACCGCCAGGCGCAGCUCCCGAGGCAGGAACUACGCAGAGGAUUCUGCUGAAGAUGAAGGUGAAGAAGGUGAGGAAGCUUCUGAUGAACCAGAUGCUGAGGAGGAAGAGGAGGAGGAAGAAGAUUAUGAAGUUGCUGGACUGAAAU